AUGACCAGACCAAGUAUUGGUGGGGACACCUUACAUACACAAUGGUAUUUGCCACUCGGGGUUUUAAUAGAUGGAUCAUGUGGAAAUGUUGAUUUUAUUUUCGAAGAGGCAUCGAAAGGCGGUUUGUUCGACGCGUCGCAUAUUUGGCUCAUUAUAGAGAAUGCAGGCAGUUAUGGUAAUGUUAGUGGGAUGUCGAUCGAGUCUCGGCUGCAGCGAGCAAACCUGAGCGUCGACGCUGAUAUUGUUGUAGCGCAAUACAAUGAUAAUGAAUAUAUACUAACUGAUAUUUUCAACUUUGGAAAGAUCCAAGGUAACAAGUUGGAGAGAAAAUAUCUGGGAGUAUGGAGAAAUGGAUUGCAUUUUCCUCCGUUCCAGUUCAAAUAUUAUGAUCGAUGGGACUUUCAUAACUUGACUUUGAGAGCCGUCACCGUAAUAUUGGGUGAAGAUAAAAUAUUUAGCGAAGAAAUUAUCACCAGUUCACAUUACACGAAUGGUGUGAGUAAAUUUACCAAGGAACCUGCAAACCUGUUGAAGAUAUUAAGAUCUGUUCAUAACUUUAGAUUUAAUUAUACUGUGGCUGGCCGGUGGAUUGGACCCACGGGGAGAAGCUCCACUCCGUCGGUUUGCAGUAUGUUAUACUGGCAAGAACAGGAUAUUUCGUACACUAGUAUCAGGAUGGUUAGCAAUUGGUCGCAGGGUAUCGACUUCAUACAGACUCCUGCUUCGUAUUUAGGUACAAAAUUCUUCUACCUCAUACCAAAUAAAGGAAUUGGAAGUUAUGAGAACCGAUUCCUGUCACCUCUGUCUCCCGGGGCGUGGUGGUGUACCCUCGCUGCAGCCAUCGCUUGUUCAACAGUCCUCGCUGCUUCUGUUUCCCUGGAGAGGAAGCCAUUCUCAGGCUUGUAUGCUAUGCUGAGUAUCAUCAGUAUCAUGUCCCAACAAGUGUUUGACGAGGGCGUGACUGUUGCAAAUUCUAACAUUUCUAGUCAAAGUCGCCAGGUGACGCUCGCAGUGGCGGGCCUGACGAGCGUGUUACUGUACAACUACUACACGAGCAGUGUGGUGUCGUGGCUGCUGAACGCUGCGGCGCCGACAUUGUCCACCAUUGAUGAACUCAUUGAUAGUGACUUCGAACUUAUAUUUGAAGACAUUGGAUACACGCGCGGGUGGCUAGAGGAUGUCGGGUUUUAUUACUACAGUGGGUAUAAAAACACAAAAGAAGACGAGCUGAGGGAAAAGAAAGUACAGAAUGUAAAACGAAUAACACCAAUGUUUCAGUCUGUCCGCGAGGGCGUGGAGCUCAUUAGGACCGGAGGUUACGCGUAUCAUACAGAGCCGUACAACGCCUACCAGUACAUUUCUAGAACAUUCCACGACACAGAGAACUGUCGGCUCGGUUCCUUGCCCAUGAUGCCAAUGGUGCCCACAUACGUUGUGGUGCAGAAACAUAGCCCUUACAAGGAGUUCUUUGACUGGAGUUUAUUGCGGCUCAAAGAACGAGGUUUCACAUCGGUAAUCAAAUCGCGACUGGCCGGCGUGGAGUCUCGGUGCUCGGGGAGCAGUCCGCGGGCUCUGGCCCUCGGCCAGGCGGCGCCGGCGUUCACGGUACUGCUGCAUGGGCUUCUGGCAGCCGUUCUCGUGCUGCUCCUGGAGAUAUUGUCGCAUCGGUAG